AUGGUGGGCGAUAAGGUACUAUUGAAAGUCUCGCCGGUGAAGGGUAUCAUGAGGUUUAGAAGGAGAGGCAAGUUAAGUCCGAGGUUCAUCAGUUCAUUCGAGGUUUUGGAGAGUGUUGGCGAGGUUGCAUACAAGCUUGUUUUUCCUUCUAGCCAAUCGAGAGUUCAUCCGAUAUUCCAUGUGUCUAUGCUCCGGAGGUACCAUGCUGACAGGUCCCAUGUUUUGGUUUAUAGCAAAGUUCACAUGGAUGAGAUCUUGAGUUACGAGGAGGUACUAGUUGCGAUGAUUGACAGGAUGGAGAGAGAGGGUAGUAGUAAGGCCCGAUCCGCGGGCAAUCCUGGAGAUUCAUUUGGUGAGGGGAGAUCAACCUUUAGGGGAGGGUUGUCAGGUCCAUCUCAGUCUUUAGCCAGUGCCAUGCCAGCAUGGCACAAUCAGCAAUAG